GUGCUUUAUCUCUUACUGUGCACAUAUCUUUUGAUCUAAAUAAGUGAUUUAUUUGCUAACCCGGUAAGGUAGAUAACACCAGGAAGUGUCCCCUCUACUUUUCAAGACUUUAGUUUUUGUGAGGUAUGGAGUUACAUUUCGGUUAUAUUCUCCAGUGAAUUCGAAAAAUGAAAGGCUCUAGUAAAAUUUCGUUUUUACUUUCAUUUGUCAUUUUAACAGCAGUUGGCACUUUAUCUACAGACGGGCAUUUCAGCGGACCAAAUAUAGCUUUAAAUAAACCAGCUGUUCAAAGACCAGGCACAUUUGAAAACAAUGCAGCAAGUUUAGCAGUCGACGGUAAUGCAGACAGGGAGGUUGAGCAUGGCAGUUGUAGUCACACCACGGGUGUUAGUUAUGAUGAUAAUAGCUAUGGAAGUGCUCAAUGGAAGGUUUAUCUUGGCAGCUCGUUUAAUGUCACUGGUAUAAUCAUUGUUAACAGAAAUGAUUUGAAGUAUCGGCUUGAAGGUUUUCAAGUGUUUGGAUCUGUAUCAAAUGGUAUGGGAUGCAUAGACGGUUGGUGUCAGCUCUAUGAUGAUAAAGAACAUAACAAGUUUAAUGAAGACUUAAUUGAAAUAAAAGUGGACACUAUAAACUUGUUUUCUGUUGUGGCUAUUAACUUACCAAAGCGCCAAUCGUCACAGGAUAAUGAUAAGGUUUACUUGACACUUUGCGAAGUUAAGAUAUAUGCAGCUCCUCCAACUGUUUGUGAAUCUAGUGAAGUGUCACAUGGAGGAUUGAAGCCAAACAAGCCAUUUUUCGAAGUCAAUACAGUUGCUACAGUUUAUUGUGAAAACGGUUAUAAAGCAAAACAUCAACAUAUUUAUUGUCUAAAAACGAACAAUGGGCCAAGUUGGAAUGACAGCCCCGAGUGUAUCGAAGUUAAAUGUGUUAUACCAGCAAAUCCAGCUAAUGGACUAUAUAGCUUAGGCACUAAUACGAAUGUACAGAAUCUAACCGUAUUUGUUGGAACAAGUAUAUCGGGAACGUGCUUGAAGGGAUUCACGGUGCAAAUAGAGGGAUAUCCAUACAAAACAAUUGUUACAGCAGCUUGCAAUGACAGUUUUAAAUUAUCAAAUCCUAACAAAAUAAGGAGGACGUGCAUGAUAGAUGGGAAGUGGGACAGCGAACCAGUUACAUGCAUGCGAACUAGAGAUACUUCUACAGAUACUGCUUCCCAAAAUACGAAUGUACCAUUAAUAAUUGGUGUAUCUGCCGCCAUCGUGCUGGUUGUUAGUGCAAUUGUAGCGAUUGGUUUCAUUUUAUAUCGGAGGAACAAUACAAGUUUUGCCUUGAAUUCAUACACCAGUUUGAUACCUAUACAAACUUUACUGAGUGACAAUGACAUGCUGCUGCUAGAAGUGUUAUGA